CAAAGCAGACUUUAGUAAUUGCCAUCAACACCGUCCAAUGGCUGUGACUUGGGGCGUUUUCCCUGGCACAGAGAUUAUUCAACCUACUGUAGUGGAUCCUAGUAGCUUUAAGGCAUGGAGGGACGAAGCCUUCGGUCUCUGGGAAGAACAGUGGGGAAAUCUGUACCCAGCGGAGUCCCAGUCAAGGCAGAUAAUAUCCCAGAUCACCAGCACAUACUACCUCAUCAAUCUGGUUGACAAUGACUACCAAAAGGAGUCCUGUCUCUGGGAUGUCCUAGAGGCUAUGUUUGCCUGGAGAAAACUGAAGGAAGAGAAACAAGAAGAGCAGAGGAAUGAGAAGGACCUCUGUGUAUGUGUUCAGGGGUAGGGAGUUAGUUGUUAAUCAUGUGUUCCUCAGUAGAAGUCAGGUUUUAGUGUGUUAAGUAUAGUGUUGUCUACUUGUAGAUUUUUAGGUCAUGAUGAAAAGGAAUGGUGUAAGAUAUAUGAAAUCUAAUUUCUUUCCAAAGAUAUUACAGCCAGUCCAUUCUUGUUAUUUAUUUUAGUAUGUGCUAAUACAACUACUUUUUUGUAUCCAUUUAUUGCAGCAAGUUUGAUUUUGACAUUUGAUUUGAAGAUGUGUACUGUUUUUAAGUAUUUCUACAACUGACAGAUAUCCAUAUGCAAAUCAGUUGCAUGAGGAAGCAAAGUAAGAUUUAGUAUUUUUAUAACUUGCUUUGUUGUUAUUUUAAUCACUGCAUUAUAUUUAUUUUGUCAAUCAAAAAUAUAUAUAUGUAUAUUUUUAUCAUGGAAGGAAAUAGUAAUGAAAUUUUAAACUUCAUUUUGAUUACCUUAGAGUAAACAUUUAGAUUUUUUUUUACCUAAGUUAAGAAUAGGAAAUCUCAUUUCUUUUUGUUUUCUGACAGGAUUAUAUGAAAAGAUUUUUAUUGGAAAAUAAAAGUCUAUUUCACAUGGAAGUAGAUUUUUUUUAUAGGUUUUUAUUACAUCUUCAGUACUGGCUUUGUUGCUGUUGUGCAUAAUGACAUGAUGUUCAUAUAAUGCUGUUGUAAAAACAUAGGUGCUGUUACAUUGUAAUUUGAACUUGCAUUACUUUGUAAUCUUUGUUAUCUUUGUGUUUUAACUUGAUAAUAUAAUUUUAUAGAAUCUGUGUUUCUGGAUUGUAGUAUGUUAAACUGCCAGGCUAUUUCAAGCCAAUCUGAUGACACUGUGAUUCCCUUUGACAUUAUGCUGUUUUAUAACUGGAAAAAAAGCACAAAAAACAAAAUGUAAAGCAAUGGUUUCUUGGUGCAGUUUUCUGACAUUAUGUAUUUUAAAACAAAGAGGACUCACUAUUUUCUUUUCUUAUGAAAUGGUGAUAAUUAUUUUAGAAAGAUAGGUAAGUUGGUUAAUAAAAUAACUCUUAUUAUCUCUCAUUUAUUACUUUAGGUUUCUGUUUUAUAACUAAUUGGUUCUUAAAAAUGUGUAUAUUAGUCCAAAGAAGUUUAGGACAUUGCAACAAAGCACAUUGGUUCUUUAGCCAAACAGGAAGCACUUACCUUAUAAGUGCAUCCUUUUUUAUUAUACUUUUUAAAGGAUGCCUUUGACCAGUGAAAUCCAAAUCAGCCUCUUAUUUGGAAUCAGGAGGAAACAGUUUUUAAAUUUCUUCUUCUCAUGAUGGAUACUCAGCUCAGGGAGUAAAGCUGAUCUCAGUUUAUAACCGUAUGCAACCAGGCUUGAUUUCUGUCAUUGCACACAAUCAUUCAUUUCAUAGUUCAUUAUUUACUUAGUAACCAUUAAGAGCUGUAACAUUUCAUGGAUCACUUUUGCACUUGGAUGAUUUUGGUAUUUUGUAACAUUUGAUUAUAUUUUCCAUAUAAAAGAUGACACCAUAUAAAUCUCUUUAGCCUCCAUCUGCAACAUGUUCAUCCUUGUUCAGCUUUGUAUCCACAUGAAAAAAUGGUCUUGCCAUUGUCAGGCACUGAAUGUCCUUAGGUUCAUUCACACCCACUUCAAUCACUCAUUAUUUAUGUUUUCAUUGACCCAUUGUUGCUGAAUAUGUGCACUAUCCAAUAGGGUUUUGUUUUACUAAUCUUCUUUACAAAUAAACAGUUCCACAAACUCUUAACUACCAAAGAGUCAGUUACUAGGCAUGCCUGCCUUACCCUAUUCCUGAAAUUUUGAGGAAAAAAAGUAUCCAUUUCUAUUGUUAUUUAAAUUAUUACCAUUUUUGUUAUUAUUCUUAUAAUAUCAUCAGCAAGAAGUAUAGUAAUGAAAGAUGAGCAAAGUGAACAGAUAAGAUUAGGUAGGUCUAGUACCUGACUCCUUGGUUACUAAACAUUUUGAGAGCUCCCUGUGUGUAAACAAAAUUGAUAAAACAAAAUCAUAGUGGACAGUGCAGUAAACAUGCUCUUCCUGCAGCUACAGGUUAAUACACAUAUGUAUAUUCUACCAUGUAGUCUGUAAUUGAACGUAAAUGGGUCUGACCUUUGUAUAUUGAAGCAGAAUUUUCAAUAAAUAAUGUUUUUAA